AUGGUUUUCUGCGGCAAACCAAGCAAGGGCUGCGGCGAAUGCCGGUCUCGCAAAAUCCGGUGCGACCAAACCCGUCCAACCUGUUCACAAUGCGCCAAGGGCAACCGGGUCUGCCCCGGAUACCGCGACCAACUAUCCUUGAUGUUUCGGGAUGAGAGCCAGCAGGUUAUCCGGAAGGCGCGGACCGGGACAACGGCGCGCAGAGCCAAGUCUUCUAGAAAGACCAGUCCUGGCAGUACUACUAAUACUACUACUACUAGUAGUAGUAAUAGUAGCGCCCCAGCUUCUUCCCCUAGUGGCAGUGGCAUAGUAACUGCCAGUCCUAGUCCAGGCCCAGUGUUAUCCUCGGCAGACAGUAAUCCAUCUUCAACGACCGGUGAUCUGGAACCGUUUGAGUUCGACGGUCCUGAGUAUCUAUCCCCACAAUUUGUCCAGCAGCACGCCAUACAACAGCCCCUGGUAUUGCAGCCAUCGUACCAACCGACAAAAAAUGAAGCUAUUUCUUAUUUCCUUCGGCAGAAUGCUUGGAUUGGAUCAUUCUGGUCGAAGAUUGAAGCAAACCCUGAUAUCUUGCGCAGGGCAUCGGCAACUAGCCACAACGCCCUGAUGACUAGCUUGGCUUCUGUUGGUAUAGCAAUGAUCUCGCGUAUCAGGAAAUCCGAACCGAUGAAAAUAGCCGCGGAGAAGGAGUACGGAAAUGCUUUACAGCUCCUUACCACGGCCGUUGCAGAUCAACAGCAAGCUAAGAACAAUGCAACGCUUGCCGCUGUGCUUAUGUUGGCUAUCUUCGAAGUUAUCACUAGUAGAGGUUCUCGCUUUAUUACUAAUUGGACGAAUCACAUAACUGGCGCUGCAGCGCUGCUAGAGCUGCGAGGUGUAGAGCAGCUUCAGGACCCAGAUGGGCUGCAGCUCUUUUUGCAGCUGCGAUAUCAGAUUAUUAUAAGCUGUCUCCAAAGGGAGGCGCACGUGCCCGACUCAGUUCUUCACUGUGUCAAAGUUGCCAUGUUUCUACGACCGCAUACAGUGGCCUAUGGUGACCGCUUGCUUAACAUAAUGGGCCGGCUAGCCAACCUGCGAGCUGACAUCAAGGAAAAAAUUAUAACCGACCGGAAAAAGAUGCUUGAAUCUGCAUACGCCGUCGAGGCUGAGUUGAUGUCAUGGCUUACAUCUUUGCCAGACAACUUCCCAUAUGCCACCAUUCAAGAUCCCUGGCCUACUCUCAACUGGGGUCCCAAGCCUUAUAACAACAUCUAUCACGUGUACACUGACUUCUGGAUCUGCAACUCGUGGAACCAAUACCGAGUCGCACGGAUCAUCAUCAGCGAUCUCAUCCUGACAUGUAUCCGGGAACUAAACGCCGGCUCACCCCUCCCUGCCGAUCUUGUCACCCAUACCUCUCAGAUUCGCAAUACUGCCCGACAGCUCGCCAGUGACGUCUGCGCUAGUGUGCCUUAUUAUUUUACUGAUAGUGUCUUCAAGCUCGCGACCGGACAAGCGGAAAUGAGUUCUCGUUAUGAGAUACCCUCACAGCAAGGCUUCGUUCGCGGUCUGGUGCUCCUCUGGCCGCUGGCAAUGGCAGCCGCAACGAGAGGGCUGAAUCACCCAUUACGCCGCUGGGUGCUUGACUGUCUCCAGCUGAUCGGACAUGGCAUGGGGAUUGAUCAGGCGCUGGCUUUGAUUGAACUCCUGAUGACCGAAGAUGGUGUCUUUGAUACGCUGGCCCUCCCGGAGGACGAUUGCCUUUCAAUCGGCUCGACUGGAGCCAAUUUCAGCACCGAUAACAGUGGCAAACACUGGACGGGAGCCUCGCUGGGUACAUAUACCACGCAGGUGGAGUGA